CAAUGACCACGAUGGAGGUUAAUAUGGAUAUAGUGCCCGACAGCGAAGCAGCUACACAGCCACAAGUUUCCUCCGUGGUCUCAACUGCACCUAACAAUUCUGGUUUAAUGGUCUCUUUGCACCCUCUGACGCUAUUAAACAUAUCAGAUCAUUUCACACGUAUCAAGAUGCAACAACAGAUUCAGAAUCCACAAGUUAUUGGUGCUCUUGUUGGCAUUCAAACUGGUCGUGAUGUUGAAAUCUCCAAUUCCUAUGAAUUAGAUUUUGAUACUAUUGAUGGGAAGGUCCAAAUUAAUCAUGAAUAUUUUAUAACGAAACAAGAACAAUUCCGUCAGGUUUUUCCACAAUUUGAUUUCCUAGGAUGGUACACUAUGGGUCCUUCUCCAACCGAAGCUGACAUCGAAAUUCAUAAGCAGGCACUUAUAACUAACAUGAUAGAGUUUAAUGAAAGCCCUCUUUUCCUUCAAAUGAAUCCAUUUGAAAUGGUCACAUCAAAAAACCUUCCGAUUACCGUUUAUGAAUCGAUAAUUGAUAUAAUUGAUGGACAAGCUCACACUUUAUUCAUUAAGUCACAGUAUAAGAUUGAGACCGGAGAGGCUGAACGCAUCGCUGUCGAUCAUGUUGCACAUACAACUCUUGGAGAGGGAGGCGAAGGUUCUUCUCUUAUCGCGCAUUUGACUACCCAAAGGAACGCAAUUCAAAUGCUGCAUACUAGAAUAAAGCUGCUUCAUCAAUACCUCGAUCUGACGAAUAGCAAGAAAAUGCCAGUCGAUCACGAUAUUCUUCGUCAAAUUGCUGGUCUUUGUAAUCGCAUGCCAACUAUUGACAGUGCUGAUUUUAAACAAGAAUUUCUCACGGAAUAUAACGAUGUUUUAUUGACGACAUAUUUGGCAACCAUAACUAAAGGCACGAAUUCUAUAAAUGAGCUUGUAGACAAGUUCAAUAUUGCAAACAGUACCAACAGACCUGGAGGACGAGGCCGUCACCAACAGCAUCAAGGAUUUCCUAAUUUCUGA